CAAGGUAACAUCACACUUUAUUUCCACUUUUUUUUCUCACAUGGGGCUCGAACCCACAACCCUGAGAUUAAGCAUCUCACGCUCCACCUACUGAGCUAUGACAGCUAAGUGAUUUGUGUGAUUUGUGGGACAGUGAUAGUGGCGUGUGAACACCCCUAGAGAAGGGUGCAACGACUUGUUCUCUGCUGAUCCAGAACUAGCAAUGGACAACAUCAAAUAGGGUCGAUCUCUUUGCCCUGACAGUGAAGAGCAGAAGCUCCACUAUCAGAAGCAACGUGCUGCGAAUACGAGGGCAGUGGAGGCAGCAGGGCGGUCUCGCCACCUGCACAAUGCAUUCCCCUUGCAAGGGGGCGCAUCCAGCUUUGCAGCCUCCCAUGGUCCAACCUACAGCCAGCGAGCUCCGAUGCUCAGACAGACAGGAAACUGGUCCAGCCAGGGGGACUGGAGAGCGACUGCACUUUCCUGUCCCCGCCCCCGCGCCGAGAGCGGAGGAGCAGCGGGCAAUGGGCCUGGCGAGUUUCCCCAGAGAGGAGCCGGAUUCCGGUGCAGGGACGAAGCGAGGAGUCAGAGCAGGGUAGUGUAAAAAUGGAAGAGCAGGGACCGAGGAGACCCAUUGGAAGGGAGAGCCUGGAAUCCAAAGCAAAAAGAUCUCCUGGAGGCCAAGUUCAGACCUUCAGGGAUCUUCUGCCUCUGGUAGAUUUACGUCAAAUUAAGCAGGAGCCAGAGGACACUGAGGGGCUUCUAGGAAAGGAAUUGUUGCCUGUGGAAGAUGUGGUUAUUAAGUCCCCAAAGUCUGAGCAGGAUCCCUUGGACACAGAGAACAUCCAUCUCUCUGCAAAGGCUGAGGGAGAGAGUGAAGAAGAGGCCAGCUUUCUGGGUGAGGAAGAUGACAAUCAGAAUUUUAUUGAGCCACCUGUGAAUUCAUUGGGAAGAACAAAGAAGCAGUUAAAAUGCAGGGAAUGUGGGAUGUGCUUUAGUCAGAGUGGAAGACUGAGGACACACCAACGAAUUCACAAAGGGGAGAAACCAUUUCAAUGUAUUGAAUGUGGAAAGAGUUUCAGUCGAAGUGGACACCUUCGAAUACAUCAACGAACUCACACGGGGGAGAAACCAUUUAAAUGUAUUGAAUGUGGAAAGAGCUUCGGUGAAAGUAGAUCACUUAGAAUACAUCAACAAACUCACACGGGGGAGAAACCAUUUAAAUGUAUUGAAUGUGGAAAGAGCUUCGGUGAAAGUAGAUCACUUAGAAUACAUCAACGAACUCACACGGGGGAGAAACCAUUUAAAUGUAUUGAAUGUGGAAAGAGUUUCAGUCAAAGUGGACAGCUUCGAAUACAUCAACGAACUCACACAGGGGAUAAACCAUUUAAAUGUAUUGAAUGUGGAAAUAGCUUCAGUGAAAGUGGAUCACUUAGAAGACAUCAACGAACUCACACAGGGGAGAAACCAUUUAAAUGUAUUGAAUGUGGAAAGAGUUUCAGUCAAAGUGGACAGCUUCGAAUACAUCAACGAACUCACACGGGGGAGAAACCAUUUAAAUGUAUUGAAUGUGGAAAGAGUUUCAGUCGAAGUGGACACCUUCGAAUACAUCAACGAACUCACACGGGGGAGAAACCAUUUAAAUGUAUUGAAUGUGGAAAGAGCUUCGGUGAAAGUAGAUCACUUAGAAUACAUCAACGAACUCACACGGGGGAGAAACCAUUUAAAUGUAUUGAAUGUGGAAAGAGUUUCAGUCAAAGUGGACAGCUUCGAAUACAUCAACGAACUCACACAGGGGAGAAACCAUUUAAAUGUAUUGAAUGUGGAAAGAGCUUCAGUCAAAAUUCCACCCUUAGAAUACAUCAACGAAUUCACACAGGGGAGAAACCAUUUAAAUGUAUUGAAUGUGGAAAGAGCUUCAUUGAAAGUGGAUCACUUAGAAUACAUCAACGAACUCACACGGGGGAGAAACCAUUUAAAUGUAUUGAAUGUGGAAAGAGCUUCAGUGAAAGUGGAACACUUAGAAAACAUCAACGAACUCACACAGGGGAGAAACCAUUUAAACAGGGUAGUGUAAAAAUGGAAGAGCAGGGACCGAGGAGACCCAUUGGAAUGGAGAGCCUGGAAUCCAAAGCAAAAAGAUCUCCUGCAGGACAAGUUGACACCUUCAGGGAUCUUCUGCCUCAGGUAGAUUUAUGUCAAAUUAAGCAGGAGCCGGAGGAGGAGGAGCUGCAGCAGCAGCACUGGGAUGCCCAGUGGCAGGAUUUCUUGAAGAUAAUGCACCCUCAUCGUUCAAGCUGGGAAACCCCACAGGCUCCCAGUCCUCCCCACUCUGGGGAUGGUGUCCUCCUGGCCUCCUUCAGGGGAGCUGCAGAUGACAGCCAGUGGCCCAGCGGGAGAGCAGGGGGGACAGACCAGACCCUGCUCCUGGACACUGAGGGGCUUCUAGGAAAGGAAUUGUUGCCUGUGGAAGAUGUGGUUAUUAAGUCCCCAAAGUCUGAGCAGGAUCCCUUGGACACAGAGAACAUCCAUCUCUCUGCAAAGGCUGAGGGAGAGAGUGAAGAAGAGGCCAGCUUUCUGGAUACCUCUUCUGAGGAAUGCCUCCACCAGUCUUCCCCCGGCAUAAAUUCCUCACAUUCCUCUGUGGGUGCCUCCUUGUCAGGGGGGUUGUGCCACCACUCCUCCUCAUCUGUCUCAACCCUGACACGUGAGGAAGAUGACAAUCAGAAUUUUAUUGAGCCACCUGUGAAUUCAUUGGGAAGAACAAAGAAGCAGUUAAAAUGCAGGGAAUGUGGGAUGUGCUUUAGUCUCAUUGGAAGACUGAGGACACACCAACGAAUUCACACAGGGGAGAAACCAUUUAAAUGUAUUGAUUGUGGAAAGAGUUUCAGUCGAAGUGAACACCUUCGAAUACAUCAACGAACUCACACGGGGGAGAAACCAUUUAAAUGUAUUGAAUGUGGAAUGAGCUUCAGUCAAAAUCCCAACCUUAGAAGACAUCAACGAAUUCACACAGGGGAGAAACCAUUUAAAUGUAUUGAAUGUGGAAAGAGCUUCAGUGAAAGUGGAACACUUAGAAAACAUCAACGAACUCACACAGGGGAGAAACCAUUUAAAUGUAUUGAAUGUGGAAAGAGCUUCGGUGAAAGUAGAUCACUUCGAAUACAUCAACGAACUCACACGGGGGAGAAACCAUUUAAAUGUAUUGAAUGUGGAAAGAGUUUCAGUCAAAGUGGACACCUUCAAACACAUCAACGAACUCACACGGGGCAGCAACCAUUUAAAUGUAUUGAAUGUGGAAAGAGCUUCAGUGAAAGUGGAACACUUAGAAUACAUCAACGAACUCACACAGGGGAGAAACCAUUUAAAUGUAUUGAAUGUGGAAAUAGCUUCAGUGUAUGUGGAAAACUUAGAAUACAUCAACGAACUCACACAGGGGAGAAACCAUUUAAAUGUAUUGAAUGUGGAAAGAGCUUCAGUGAAAGUGGAUACCUUCGAAUACAUCAACGAACUCACACAGGGGAGAAACCAUUUAAAUGUAUUGAAUGUGGAAAGAGCUUCAGUGAAAGUGGAUACCUUCGAAUACAUCAACGAACUCACACAGGGGAGAAACCAUUUAAAUGUAUUGAAUGUGGAAAGAGCUUCAGUAAAAGUGGAUACCUUAGAAUACAUCAACGAACUCACACGGGGGAGAAACCAUUUAAAUGUAUUGAAUGUGGAAAGAGCUUCAGUGUAAGUGGAACACUUAGAAAACAUCAACGAACUCACACGGGGGAGAAACCAUUUAAAUGUAUUGAAUGUGGAAAGAGCUUCAGUGAAAGUGGGAAUCUAAGAAUACAUCAACGAACUCACACAGGGGAGAAACCAUUUAAAGUAAGUAAUAAACUUUAUUCACAUUAGCCAAAGGCCAUAGUAAUGAGAAAACAAUACAAUAUGUACAAAUAAAAACAUUGAAUAAAAGGCACAUUUUAGUAUCCUAAAUUAUCAGUCAGUUGGUGGCCCUUAAUCUAAUUGUGCCAUCUAUGUACUGUAUCUAGCAAUCUUUGCUAUAAUCUGGUCAUUUUGGUAUGUUAAGAGGAAGUGAAUUAUGGCUGCAGAUGGGCGACCUCGGAUGGUUAGUAGAAGUGGGGUAAUAAUCUCAUUCCUCAGGUCUUUGUAGAGGGAACAAGACAGGAGGACAUGUGCCACUGUUUCUAUACUGCCAUCCCCACAGGGGCAAACUCGUUUUUCGAGUAAGAUCUUUUGGAAUCGGCCCUCAAGUACGGCAGAAGGCAGAACAUCCAAUCUAGCAAGUGUAAACGCAUGUCUAUAUUUUGGAAUAGCGAGUUUGUGCAAAUAUGGAGCCAUAGGAUCAAAAUGGGAGGUAGGAAAGUGAGCAUACCAUGGACAUAAGUUCUUUAUAAUAGCCAGAUUAUUCUGGUGCUCUAUAUCUUUUAAACGUUGCCCGAUUAGACUUUUUACUCCUGUGGGGAUAGGCCGCAGGAGAGAAGUUUUUGAUGAACAAUUUUGGUCCAGGCACCGAUUUUGGUCCAUGAAGAGUUCUUUCCAAGGUCUGUACUUCUACCAAAGGGAGACUUGCCUCCAGUCGUAAUGAUGCAUUUGGAAAGCAUGGCGGGACAGGAAAAAACUGAAUUAAAAACUUUGAUUGGACAGAUUCCAGAGUGCUGCGAUGGUUACCAGUCCAAAUUUGGGCCCCAUAAAGUAGCUGCACUAGGGGUUUGGCUUCAAAAACUUCUAAGGCUGAUGGAAUAUAUUUGCCAUCCUUUGUGUGGAAGAAACGAGUCAGCGUUUUGGCACUUUGAGAUGCUUUUACUUUGGCACAUUUUUGAUGUGCGUCCCAUGACUCCGUUGACUGGAAGAUAAGGCCCAGAUACUUGAAGGCUUUAACCUGUUCGAUUGGCUGGUUAUCCAUGUGCCAGCUCUGGGGCCUAUAUUUUCUUGAGAAGACCAUUACUUUGGUUUUCUGAUAGUUUACGGCCAACUGUCUCCAGCAAUAUGCUGAAAAUUCUCCUAUCAGUCUUUUUAGACCUAUUUUUGUUUGGGAUAGGAGAACCGCAUCAUCCGCAUAUAAUAGCACUGAGAUUGGUUUUGCGGCCAGUUUGGGGGCGUGGAACUCCGGAGAAGUUAGACAUUUAACCAUGUCAUUUAUAUAUAGGUUAAAUAAUGCCAGAGCUAGGAUGCAUCCUUUUUUAACUCCCUUGGUAACUGGUACUGGUCCUAUGAUUGGCCAUUUGGGAAGCAGCGUAUGUUCAGCAUGGUGUUUUUGUAGAGACAGUUGAUCAGAAAUAAUAAUCUUUUGUCUAUGGUUGAUGUAUUCAGUUUGGCCCAAAGUCUUACUCGUGAGAUUGAACUGAAGGCAGCUUUCAGAUAAAUGAAGGCAGCAUACAACACCCCAUGGAGUUGCUUGGCGUAUUUGUCUAUAAGAUGUGCUAGGACAAAACAGUGAUCUAUGGUAGAUCUGCCUUACCUGAAUCCAGCUUGCUCCUCCGCAAUGAUAGCAUCGGUGUCAAUCCAGUUGCUUUAUUUGUUGUAAAGGUGUUUUGCAUAUAGUUUACUGGGUAUAGGUAAAAGACUAAUAGAUCUAAUACUGAACGGGUCCGAUGUAGGGCCCUUUUUGAAUAUUGGGACAAUUAUCGCAGUGGCCCAGCUGUCAGGGAGUAAGUCAGUUGAAUCAAUGUGAGAGAAUAUUGUCGCCAACAGGGGGGCCCACCAUCCGAUAUUGGACUUCAAGAGUUUUAGGGGGAUGUAAUCUAUGCCUGGGGCUUUGUUGCUGUUUAGCUGUACAAUUACCCACUGUGGCUACUGGGAGCCAGUUUGGUAGAUCUUCUGGCAGAACACCUGGGUUAUUAUGCUGAGCUGCCUGAUCAUGAAAAAGUGAUUGGAAAUAUCGUGUCCACUCUCAAGGUUCAACGGUGCAAAUAAGUCCGUUGUGCUCCUGGUCCAAUCUAUAUAUAUAAAUAUAUAUAAAUGUAGGCAUUGAGCAUGCGGAUGAAACAACCUUUCUCCGUAACUGCUGAACCGUAAUGUAACAAAUUUGGCCACAACGUUCCAUGCUAAUCAGGGAUGGAUCUGGCAUAAAAAAUUCCAAAGAACCACAUGUUUCACACCUAAAAUAAUGAUUAAACACAAAAAGUGGCACCCAAAUUAGACGUCGCCACCAGAGGUCUGAAGACUCCAGCAGCUGCGCUGCCAGAUGACAUCACAAAAUUCCACAGCAACCAACUGAAAACAGUCCUUUUGCAGCAACAAGGCCCAGCUUUUUCAAUAGGCUGCAGCAUUGCCAAGCAGGGAAAAACAAACAGAAUAGGCCCUUUCACAAUGGGGGGGACACAGGGAUGAGGCACAACAGAGGGGGGAAAU